UAUACAAACACAGAAUAGCGUGUGUGCGAUAGAAGCCGCGAAUUUCAAUGGAGUUCGGAGUUAGAUUUUUGAAACGUCACACUUUAAUUUAAACUACAUCAAACGAAGAAAAAUGAUUUACGGAGAAUUAUGAAUCAUGGAUAUUUUACACCGAAACCAAGCAUUUUCCAUCUCUCUUGGACUGGUCUCUACAUGUAUCUCACAGUCUCUCAUUUCUCUAGGGGUGCAGAUGCAGCCAAGUUCACUCUUAUUGUUAUACUGUUGUUGCCAUAUUUAGUCGUAUGUAAUCUUCGAAUACCGAGUCUAUCGAAGAUUAAUAAUUCGUAUAGACUCUAUUAUGAAAUAUGAAAUAUAUCUUACUAAAAGUACAAAAUGAGUUUACUGAUAAUAUCGACAGUGAGUUGCCUGUUAGAAUACAUCGUUCCUUCUUUCGUUAAAUACGCUACAUCCCGUUUUUACACGAGGAGUAAACAAGAUGUGGAAUUAAGAAACGACUUAAUUAAUGUAAAACAAGAAAUGGGUGGAGUGUCCAUACUAGAUGAAUUUUCAAAAUACGCCAAACUUCAGCGUAGAUACAAUAAAUUAGAAAAUGAAUUGAAAGAAAAAGCAAAUGAGAGACAGUGGUUCAGAAUGAAAGUAGAAGCAUAUAUAACAUAUUCUUUUCGUAUAUUAAACGGUAUACUGAUCUUGAUCCUACUCUAUUUGUACGGCAAUAAACCUGUAAUCAUUUUGCCAAAAGGUAUAUUAUGGCCUUUACAAAGUCUGCUCAGUUGGCCAUGUUACCAUGAAGAUUCAAUUUCAUUGGUCAUGUGGCUGGUGAUCGCAAGACUAGUGGUGGUUAUGUAUAAAAAGAAUGAUAUAACAUAAUGUUAACUCUCGAAAAGUAAUAAAACGGUUUAUAAACAACCAAAUAAAAAGGAUGAGUUUGGAAACAUGAA